AUGGCUAGCUGCGAGUUCGAAAUGCGUCGACGAUUACUUAGUCGAAGUUUCCAUUACCAGUUAAAGCAGAGUGAGAAGUCGUCACUGAUUGGUCCGCCCGAAAACACUCGAGAACAUGUUGUGGCUGCUUCUCGUGCAAUGUUGGCUGGUGACUGGAAGAAAUGUCGCGAUUAUAUAGUCAACGAUAAGAUGAAUCAGAAGGUAUGGAAUUUGUUCCGUAACUCAGAAAGGGUAAAAGAAAUGGUGGUCAAGCGUAUUCAGACAGAAUCGUUGAGAACGUACUUGCUGAUGUAUUCAACCGUCUAUACAACAGUUUCACUGGAAAAGCUUGCCACCUUAUUCGAACUGGACAAGAAGCAAGUGCACAGUGUUAUCAGCAAGAUGAUCAUUCAAGAAGAACUGUCAGCUACACUUGAUGAACCAACCGACUGUCUUAUGAUGCACCGUGUAGAGCCAUCACGCCUUCAGAUGAUCGCUUUGAACUUUACUGACAAGUUACAGCAAUUAGCGGACAAUAAUGAACAGGUACGAUUUUGGAGCCUCGUACAGGAAGGGCUGGUUAUGCCGGCCCCGGCCAAUGGUUUCCCUGGUCGUAGUGAUCGUCAAGGUGAUAAACAGAAAGGUGAUCGCGGAGGUGCAUAUCAGGGUGACCGACGUGCGGGUCAGUCAGACAGCCACAGCAAACGGGCCUGGGGUGUGACUGGAGCGACUGCUGCCCAAAGCGGUACAUCACAAAGGCGCCGAGAGUCGCAAAAGUCGCGUUUCUAA